UUAAUAAAUAUAAUCUUAAUUUAAAACAGCAUUAUGUUUAAAAAACAAAAAAUGAACGAGGAGACUAAAGAAAGUUUGCCUCAUACGUUACGCGCUCGACUGAUAUCAGAUACUGGUGAAGAAGCGGGUCCACCUAUAGAUUUGCCAUCAGAAGUAACAGCAGAGCAACUAGGGUUAAUAUGUAAUGCUUUACUAAAAAAUGAAGAGCUUACACCUUAUUUAUUCUUUGUUGGUGAAGAGGAAAUUAAGAAAACUUUGGAUGCCGCAUUAGAUCUUAGCACGACAGAUACAGAAAAUGUAAUUGAUAUAGUAUAUCAACCACAGGCUGUCUUUAAAGUUCGUCCAGUUACUCGUUGUACAAGUUCUAUGCCAGGCCAUGCUGAAGCAGUUAUUUCGUUAAGUUUUAGUCCUGAUGGUGAACAUUUAGCUAGUGGUUCCGGUGAUACAACAGUACGUUUAUGGGAUUUAAACACCGAAACACCACAAUUUACUUGUAGUGGUCAUAAGCAAUGGGUUAUGUGUGUUUCGUGGUCACCAGGCGGCAAAAGAAUAGCUAGUGCUUGUAAAAUGGGUAAUAUUAUUAUAUGGAAUCCAGAGACUGGUAAACAAGUAGGUCGUAUACUGAAUGGACAUAAAAAAUGGGUUAACUGUUUGAGCUGGGAGCCAUAUCAUCAAAAUCCAGAUUGCCGCAAGUUAGCUAGUGCGAGUAGUGAUGGUGAUUGCCGUAUUUGGGAUACUGUGCUAUGUCAGUGUAUAAUGACGAUAGCAGGACAUACAGCAGCAGUAACAGCAGUACGCUGGGGUGGUUCUGGUUUAAUUUAUACAUCUUCAAAAGAUCGUACUGUUAAAGUAUGGCGUGCUGCAGACGGUGUGCUAUGUCGUACGUUUUCUGGUCAUGCACACUGGGUAAAUAGCAUAACACUAAAUACCGAUUAUGUGUUACGUACGGGUCCAUUUCAUCCUGUAACUGAUCGAAAGAAGAAAUAUGCAGAUAUGAGCAAGGAAGAACUCAAAAAUAUGGCAUUAGAAAGAUAUAAGACAGUUUGUCCCGAAGGGGUUGAGUCAUUAGUUUCAUGCUCUGAUGAUUAUACACUUUAUCUUUGGUUAUCAAAUCAAAACAAGUGCAUAGAACGUAUGACUGGACAUCAGAACGUUGUAAACGAUGUGAAAUAUUCACCAGACGUAAAAUAUAUUGCUUCAGCAUCUUUUGAUAAAUCGGUGCGCUUGUGGCGAGCACAAGAUGGAAAAUUUAUAGCGACAUUUAGAGGUCAUGUGCAAGCUGUUUAUACACUAGCUUGGUCAGCAGAUUCACGUCUCUUAGUAAGCGGUAGCAAAGAUUCAACAUUAAAAGUGUGGAGUGUUCAAACAAAAAAAUUGGCUCAGGAACUACCAGGACAUGCAGAUGAAGUAUUUGGAGUGGAUUGGGCAGCAGAUGGGUCACGUGUAGCAUCAGGAGGCAAAGAUAAAGUUGUUAAACUUUGGGCGUAUUAGUUUUGUGAUGAUGUUGACAAAAAAAUGUGAUAAGAGCCCGUUUACAACAUUGUUUAAAAUGCAAUUAAAUUUUAUAUUGCUGAUAUAUAAUAUAUACAAUUGUUUUGUAAAUAAUAA